AUGGGAAUUGUUAGAAUUUCAAACCCUUCAAAAUGGUUCUUCUACAGAGGUAUGACGUUAAGUUUUCCUCUCUUUCGCUCGAAAUCGAAAUCCUCAACCUUUCUGCUUCCGUCACCGCCGAUCGUUCCUCCGCCAACAAUCCGUAACACUACUAGAGAAGAAGAGCUUCAAGAAGUUUUUCGUCAGUUUGACAGCGAUGGAGAUGGAAAGAUUUCGAGCGAGGAGCUCCGUGCUUACUUCACUUCGAUAGGAGACAACGUAUCGGAAAACGAAGUUCAAAGGGUUAUCGAAGAUUUCGACGAUAAUGGGGACAACCUGCUGGAAUUCAAGGAGUUUGUCAAGUUGAUGGAAGGAGGAAGCGAAGAUGAUGAUGAUAUUAAAGGAGCGUUCGAGAUGUACGAGGUGGAUAAAGGUUGUGGGUGCAUCACACCGGUGGGAUUGCAGCAGAUGCUCGGUCGUCUCGGGGAUGCGAAAUCGUACGAAGAGUGUAAAGCCAUGAUUGGUGUGUUCGAUCUUGAUGGCAAUGGAGUGCUUGAUUUCCAUGAAUUUCAGCAUAUGAUGAGAGGAGAACAAUAUACCAACAAAAACAUAAAUCCUAUAAAUUAG